AUGUUCAACACUUGGAGAUUGCAUUUUAAAUCCUAAACUGUGUAUAACAGUUUUUGUAAAUUUAAGAUAAUAAAAUUGUGGUUGCAAAUGAAGAAUAACCAUCAAAGGAGAUAUGUGAAUUGCUUAUUCAAGAAUUAUAAUUAUAAUUAAGUAAAAGGAAAUAAGUUGAGUGGAAUUAUUAAGUAUUAAAAGAGGUAUUUUUAGAUAAUGAAAAAUAAAGAAAAGGAAAUUGGAAAUAUAAGUAUAAUAAGAUGAUAUAGCAGGUUUGAAAUAGGCUAUUACUUUAUUAGAACAAUAGAAUCAAAAUAUUUAAUAUAAGAUAAGAAAUGAUAAUCUAUGUUAAUAUGAUAAAAAUAUUAAUAAUUUAUAAUAAUAUCAGUAAAUAAAUCAAUUUAUAAAAUAGAGAAUUAAAUCGAUUCAAUAAAUCUUUGAGCCAUAAAAAUGAUGACCUUUAUUUUUUUAAAUCUAUCUUUAUUAGAGAAACUCUAGUGUGUUUAUAAGUAAGUAGAUUUAUUUUAAACUGAAUAACUUCUAUUCCCUUAUUUAUUUUAGAAGGAAAAAUACGAAGAUGCAUUGUAAUCAAUUAAAAAAAUUGUCUACGAUAUAAUUAAUUUAGAUAUCUAGAGGAGGCCUUAACAAUUUGUUGAUGUAGAUAUAAAGAAAAAGUUAGUAACAUGA